CUUUAAUUACGUUCCGUCGAAAGGGGAGACGGCCGCAGCAUUGUGAGCGGUGUUGGUUUGUUGCUUCAGGGAGGCGGAGUCUGUCCCCGGUGAAUCACAUGCGAGGUGGGGAAGCUCCUCCCAGUAGCUCGUGGACAGGUAAGGUGGCGGGAGGAGAGACUCACCUCUUCCCCGCCCCGAGGUAAAAGCUGAAGAAAGAACACCAUGAGGCAUUCAGAAAUAAAGAGGCUGCUUUCUGCCAAUGCUGUCUGUGUAUCUUCCAUUAUUUUAACUACACUCAUUCCCUCACUGUUUUUGAAGAACUUCUCAGUUUUGGGAACACACCUGACAUGGCUGUGCAUCUGUUCAGCAAGUGUUGGUACAGUCAAUGUAAUUUUGUAUCUUAUCCUUAAACCAAAUCCAUCUAUGAAAAGAAACUCUGUUGCCCACAAGGUGGCAAAGUUUAUUAGAUGCUGUGUGUACUUCUUUGCAUCUUGUAUCAUAUUUCACGGAAUCAUUGUUCUUUAUGGAGCACCGUUAAUUGAAUCAGUACUUGAGACCUUCUUAUUUGCAGUUCUCCUUUCUACAUUCACUACUCUGCACUGCUUGUGUCUUCUGGGGCCAAAUUUUCAAGUGUGGCUCCGAGUGUUCAGUAAAAAUGGGGCCAUGUCUAUCUGGGAUAACAAUCUGCAGAUCACAACCAUGUGCAGCGUGGUGGGAGCAUGGCUUGGAGCAUUUCCUAUUCCCCUGGAUUGGGAUCGACCAUGGCAGGUGUGGCCCAUUUCCUGUUCGCUCGGAGCCACCUUUGGCUAUGUGGCUGGUCUCCUCAUUGCACCUUUGUGGAUAUACUGGAAUAGGAAGCAGCUUACCUACAAAAGCAGAUGAUGGGCGCUAAGAAGAGAGAAGGCUUGGUUUUGUUUUCCUCUUGUGCCGAUUCUAUCAAGACUGUGCAGAGACUUCCGUGUGGGUCAAAGCUACCCAGACAUCUUCAAAGCAUCAUUGGGCCUUGCACCUCCUUUCACAGCAUGGUUUGGAUGCUGUGGCAACAUGCUGAUGCAUCUGUCCUAAAUUGUGUUACCCCUGAGAGAUUGUAUUUUCCUUCCAGUCCUAAUAAAUUAUUUGGAACAGA